UGUCAGUAAAGAUUCCACAUUGAACAAACGUAUAAACAAAAUAUGCGCGAGAGGAGGAGAGAUGAGCGGAGGAAGAAAGGUGUCAGGCCGCCAGAAAGUAUCUAGUGAGGUGAUCUGUAGGGUCGCAGCUGUUGCAAUUCAGGUUGUCCAGUCACAAUACAAGCAGAAAUCAUUCUAAGCUGCUGUCCUAGGAGCGUCACGGCAUCAUCAUGCUCAGGAGCAAUAUACCGCCAAGCUUGCUCGUUUUGCAGUGGUUUCGGCUUGGCGGCAUAAGAUGUAGAAGACACGGUUCGCUGGUAGAAGUUCCAUCGCUGCGUACCACUUACUGUUUGCUAUGUGAGAACCAACAGACAGGAUGACAAGAGAGCUGAGGAUGCGAGACUGUCACUGAUUCAACCAGUCCGCCUGAAGAAGAGCUCGGCGCCUGAAUUUGCAUCUGAUGUUCACUUCCAGCCUUCAACAAGGCGCAAGUUUCCGUCACUUGUGCCUCGAAGCCUUGCCUCUCGCGCAAUCGGAAUCAACGUGUGCCAUGGUGCUUGUGUCUUGUGUGCUGUGAGACAAAGGAAGACGGCGCUGCAGAAGGCGUCGCGCAACCUACCGAGGACUGGAGCGCAAAAGCUCUUCUCUUGAUGCCGGCCGACCGCAAUUGGCUUCGAUUUGGAUGAAGGCGAUGUCUGAUGCUGGUAGCCUUGGCUCAGUGGGGCUAUUCAGAAGGGCAGCGUCGGUCUUGUUGGCGCGUGGUGAUGGUGACGAUGGUUGGUGUUGGCGGUGAUGGUGAUGGAGAUGGCGGUGGUGAUGGUGACGGCGGUGAUGACGCCGAUGAUGAUCGCAGCAAGCAGGUUGCGCUCGCGUACCUGCUAUGGAUGAUGUUACAGGAAUUACCACAGCUGAGUUCACGCGCUUGGCAGGGAUUAGCGAUGCAGGGGCCCGAGUUUGGACUGGGGUCCCUUGCUGCUGUAAACUGCCUAGUACGAUUGAGGCAGCAUCGUGGGGUUGUAAAUCAACGUUGGUGAUGGCUGUGACGAGUACAAGUAUGUAAAAAGAGCUACUUUCACACCGAGUUUUCGUCUAUCGUGGGUUGACUGGGAACAACAAAGGCUAAAGCUGCAUGUUGGAUGUCGCUGGAUAUUAAGAAAAGAAG